UUUUGGUGAGUGAGAUUCAUUUCGCUGAAAAUUUGUUGAAAAUAUCUUGUGGCAUCAAAGAGCAUCGUUAGCUUUCGUUUAAUCAAAAUUGAUCGUAAACCAAGUUUAACUAUCAAUCCCUCCUCUUAUCUUCUCAUUUUAAAAAAGUGUCAUAUUAAAAGCCAGUAAUCCCUUGUUUUGCUUGCUCAUGUCGUUCGUCUACAACGAAACUGAAAUCUGUAAUAUUUUACUUUGUCGUUGUCUUAGGAUGUAAUUAUCUCUUCUUAACAGUGAUACUUCAAAUUUAUUUUUAAAGUGACCGAACUCAUUUUUAUUCGCGGUGCUAUUCAAUGGCUUGUGUCCUAGUCAUCCGAAUCAUUGUGACUUAGCAAAAUCAUAGUUGUAACCUUAUAAAUCGUAAAGUAAUCUUGCAUCAUUUUCUCUUAUACACCUACCAGAGCAGUCAAAAUGGGACGGAGGCCGGCCCGUUGGUAAGUUUGCGUUUGCAUUUUAAGUUUUUGUGUGUAAUGUUGAGACCUACUUGUGAUCUCCAUGACUUGACAUACCUUUGCUUGUGCGAAUGAUCGAGCUACUAUUAAUAAGAAGACUGUUGCAUUGGUUUGAGUAGACUUAUGAGAAAACGUGAAAUUUGAAGUGGUAAUACAGAACUCUGAAGUAUCUUAGCUUUUUAGACCUGUGAGCUGCGAGUUUCUUAUCAAUAGACGUUAUCUUCUCAAGUCUUGUCAUCAUAAUUAUUCUAACAAGCGGUUAAAAAAAGAAAAUUUUUAUGUAUGCUACUAUAUUACAACUCAAAAUGUGUUUAUUACACUAGCUGAUUCACAUUACUACUGCUAGUGCCAAGUUAUAUUCCUGUUUUAUGAGCUUCCCAUUUCUUAAUGAUAAUUUUCCCUAUUUUAGUUACCGCUACUGCAAGAACAAACCAUAUCCUAAGUCACGCUUUUGCCGUGGUGUCCCAGGUAAGAAGUCUCUUCCAUGUUUUGCUGAAUAUAAUUCAACUUUAAAACGCCCUAGUCUAUGGGCAUCCCAGUGAGCAGUGCUUUGAAUUCUGUCAACUAAUUGGGAAAACAUUUUUUUGCCUCAAACAAAACACUUGCAAAGAACUCUGAAGACCCAUUGAUAUUCCAACAACAUAGCCCAAGUAAAACUUGAAUAAAGGGGGUAAGUUUCUUAAGAAACUUUGGUGCUGGGUCAGUGGGGGUGGGAAAGGGUAUUACAAAAUAAAAUGGUUUUAUAAACUGAGUUGAUAUUGUAAAUUGGUCACCGUAGAUAAUUUCUUGAGAUGAUGUUUCAAGCAUGAGCCUUUCAUUAGCUUUAUGGUGGCCAGUUUACAUUUUCAAUUCAGUUGAUAAAACCAAAGUAUUUAGAUAAAACUUAGUUGAAUAUAUUUUUCAUUCAUGUCUUUUUGUCUUCACAAUUGUGGAAAACCAUUCUUUCAUUCAAGUGACUGCUCAUAAAUUUUUUUGUAAAUCAUUUUUCAUGUAGAUGCCAAGAUUAGAAUUUAUGACUUGGGUCGCAAAAAAGCCCGUGUAGAUGAGCUUCCAUUGUGUAUCCACAUGGUGUCAGAUGAGUAUGAACAACUGUCUAGUGAAGCCCUGGAAGCAGCACGUAUCUGCUGUAACAAAUACAUGGUGAAGAACUGUGGAAAGGAUUCUUUUCAUUUGCGCAUGAGGCUGCAUCCAUUCCAUGUUAUCAGGAUCAAUAAGAUGUUGUCGUGUGCUGGAGCUGAUAGGUGAGUCUGAUUACUUUUAAGAUGUGUGUCUGUUGGCAGCAAGAAAAUGAAAUGAUAUAUUUUUCUUGAUUUCAUGCUGGCCCCUGAACAAAACUUACUUAAAUAGUGGCAGUACCUACCAAGCCAAAUUUUAAAUUAAAGCCCUUGGCAUGGAAAUGCAGGUUGUGCUGUUGUUUGGUUUUGGGUGUAGAAAUUUGGAUGCAAGUUUCUUAAGUAUCCUUAGUUCCCAUUUUUUCUGUUUGACUUUUCAUUCAUUCUGAGGCAUGUUUCUCAAGUUGCAUUAUAACAGACCUUCAAACUCUUUCAGAGACCAUUAUGACAGUUGGUUAAAACUUAGGAAAUAUCAGUACUUUGAUGGGGCUUUCAAGUCAAAUAAUUUUUUUAUGCCUUGAACAAUUAAAAGCGAAAAAUGUUUUCAUGUGCAAGUUUUCAAGUUGCUCAGCAAGUGACUGUGAUAAAUCUCGUUUAUCGAUGGUUCCUUUUCCAACCAGCUUAAGCAAACAAAAAUUUUAGUGGAGGUCAUUGUAUAUUGAUCUAGUCUUAAUUUCUGACCUAACUGAUUUGUAAUGUUAGAAACUUGAGGAGGAGAGAAAUGCAGUAAGUUUUUCAUGGGAAUAAUUGAGAUAGUGGCCUUCUAAUUCAAAAUAUCAAAACCUAAUUUUUUUGUUUCAUUAGCAACCAGCUGUAAUCAUUUGUUUUAAGUAGUUGUAACAAACAUAGCUUCAGUUACAAGUCUUGGUGUGGUUCUUUUUCUAGGCUCCAGACAGGUAUGCGUGGUGCCUUUGGGAAGCCUCAAGGCACUGUGGCACGUGUCAACAUUGGCCAAGUCAUCAUGUCUUUGAGAACAAAGGAUGGUAACAAGGCAGCUGCCAUUGAAGCCUUAAGAAGAGCCAAGUUCAAGUUUCCAGGAAGGCAAAAGGUAAAAUAAUUUUUAGGCAUCUCCACAUUUAGCAGGCCCUCUUGGCUAGGAAAUGACAGGUUAUGAGAAGAUUACAAUUCUCCUUUGACAAGCUCUGUAUUCAAGCAAUUACCAGCCACAUUUCCAAUACAAGCAUUUAAUGGUACCAUGAAUUAUGUUCAGUUAAAAUGCACUUUGCAGUGUUGAAAAAAAAUUAAUCUUGAAGCCUAAGAGCCUUGAAGAUGCAGAAAAACCAACAUCAUGUAGGGAUGGCUUAACUCAAAUGGCUCUUCUAUGUUGAGUUGAAAAAACUGUUGAUAUCAAAUGAAUAUGAAAGCAAUCCUUGCAGUUAUGAACACUACUUAAGUAGUAGUUAAAAUAUGGCCUUAAAAAAAAUCAGGCUACUAGGGGAUUGAACCCAUGACCUCUGCAAUACUGGUGCAGGUCAUGGGUUCAAAUCCUGUACAAGCCCAAAUUUGUUUGGGGGCCUAAUUUUCACCACUACUUAAGUAGUAUUCAUAGCUGUGAGGAUCACUUCCAUAUUUGUUUCUUCAACUCCAGUUCACAUAUAUGAUUUUCACAUAUUUACAGUCAUCUGUUGAUAUCAGUUUAAAAGUGCUAUGACAGUUGAAAGUCAUAUCUUAUUCUUACUUUGUUUGGAUUAGGCUUGUAAAUAAUAACUUUUCACUCAAGUGUUAACAUUUGCUAAAUCUUAAAUGAAGCAAAAAUGUUAUCAAAACUGUGCCAUCUUCUAAAAUUGUCCUAGAGCAAUCUAAAAGCAAUGUCUGGGUGUUGAAAGUUGACAGAAAUUGAGCACUUGAUCAAGGUGGCUCUCUGAAGAGCUCUAAUAUUGUUAUCAAAGUUAAAUAAACUCUAAACAUAGACAAUUUUUUUUCCUAUAUAGAUAUAUGUGUCUAAGAAGUGGGGAUUCACCAAGUUUGAUCGCGAAGUUUAUGAGGAGUGGCGUGCUUCUGGCAAGCUUUUACCAGAUGGAGUAACUGCAAAGUACAUGGCAGAUCACGGUCCCCUUGCUGCCUGGAAGAAACAGCAUGCAGCCUAA